AUGGCAUUCGGAUUCGUGAGCAUCAUUCACAUCGUCGCUGUGGUCUUUACGAUCAUCGAGCUGGGCCUGACGGCAUAUGCUGUCAGCGUCUUCGAUGGCUACGACUACUAUGGAUGGAGCGGCUCCCACUCCCCCGACACGGUCAACUUUAUGCUAUUCAACAGCAUUUGGUCGCUGCUGGUGCUCGCCUACAUCGGCGUCACCCCGCUCUACUUCACCAGCAUCUUCCACCGCCUCGCUUCUCUGGCGCUUGAGGUCAUUACCAUGAUCUUCUGGUUCGCCGGCUCCAUCGCUCUAGCCGCCCUCAUCGGCGUGCCUCAUUGCGGCAGCAACCAUCUGUGCGGUAGCCUGCAAGCCGCCGUUGCCUUUGGCUUCUUCCUAUGGAUCAUCUUCACCGUGCUCGUUGUUCUCGACGCCAUUGAGUCGCUCCGAUCUCGCGGCCACAACACCCCCGAUGUUCCAGGCACCAAGCACCACCACCACGGCCCUACCUACGCCGGUGCUUAA